CGGGAAGCUUCGGACGUGUGACAAUGAACCAUCAACGAGUCGACUCAGCCGAGUCACCAAUUUAAUCGCGAGCGAGUCGCGACUUCCAUUCCCAAAUUCUCCAGCUGCCAACAAUGGCGUCGUCGUCGAUGGCCUUCGCUUCCGUUUUCUCAGCACCUCUGCACAGUUUGGCGCACCUCAAUCUCAAGGGGAACUCCAAUUCGGCUUCCAUGGUGUUUCUCGAUUUGUACUCCCGAGCAAACCUCGCUUCAUCGAAGUCCGAGGGCUUCGGAACUCGUUUUUCGGCUUUAUCGCCUACUAUAUCUGCGCUUCCGUCAAAGUCGCGUCAUUUUUCUACUAUUAAUGCUAGGGCUGCUACUGAGAAGACGAUACACGAUUUUACCGUGAAGGAUAUUGAUGGAAAGGAUAUUUCACUAAGCAAAUUUAAAGACAGAGUACUUUUAAUUGUCAACGUUGCUUCACAAUGCGGUUUGACAUCAUCGAAUUACAAAGAGCUUACUCAUCUAUAUGAAAAGUACAAACCUCAAGGGCUUGAGAUCUUAGCCUUUCCUUGUAAUCAGUUUGGGGGGCAAGAGCCUGGAUCCAACCCACAAAUCAAAGAGUUUGCUUGUACAAGAUAUAAGGCGGAAUUCCCAAUUUUUGAUAAGGUUGAUGUUAAUGGACCAAAUACAGCUCCAGUGUAUCAGUUCUUGAAGUCAAAUGCUGGAGGAUUCUUAGGUGCCUUAGUCAAGUGGAAUUUUGAAAAGUUCUUGGUGGACAAAAAUGGCAAAGUUGUUGAACGGUAUCCGCCAACGACAUCCCCUUUCCAGAUAGAGAAGGACAUCAAGAAGCUUCUUGCAGCCUGAAUUCCACGAAUGAUCCACAAUGUGCAGUUGUCGUCUUCAAUGAUGUUUGAUACUGGGAAGAAAAAAAUAACGCUAGACUCACUACAUAAUUUGCUUGCAAUCUUAUACUGAUACAUACGCCGAGAUCAUGUUCCAGCAACAUUUGGAAUUGUUGUCUGUCCGUAUUCUGCUUCACUGGUCAUGUAUAUAUAUGUUUUAUCCCGUAACAGAUCCAUGCAUGAUGUUCUAUGUUCAUGUUACUAUUUAUGAAAUGAGCUCUAGUUGCUAA